AUGCAUUGCUUUUCAUCGACUUUAAAGUACCUUUUGUACUUUCUAAAUCUGAUUUUUGUGGUCAGUGGAAUAUUUCUGAUAGUAUUCGGUGCUCUAAUGGUGAACAGUUUGGGUAACUUUACCAAAUUCGAUGGAGUGACCAUCGUAACAUUUCCCGUCACCUUCAUUGUCGUUGGCAGUGUCACCUUUCUGGUGGCAUUCCUGGGAAGCUGGGGCACUAUUCGGGAGAGUGUCUGCCUUAUGAAAAUAUAUGCCAUAUGUAUGCUGAUCUUGUUCUCCCUGCAAAUCGUUCUAUCGAUUUGGUUAUUUGUCGAAGAGGACACCUACCUGGAUUAUAUGAGCCGGCUGGUGGAUAGGGCCUGGGUGGAAAAUGAUUCGGCCCACGGUUAUCCCAUGGAUGCCCUGCAAUUAGCCUUAAAAUGCUGUGGAAACCAGGAUUAUGGACAGUAUGGUUCUAAUGUUCCAGCCUCUUGCUGUGGCUAUGAUGAUCGAUCCAAAGAGUGUGUGGCAUCCAAUUAUGAGCUGCGGCCUGGCUGCAACGAUGAAUUUGUCAACUUCUGGGCCUCCCACAUGGACAUUGUACGACUGAACAGUCUAAUUAUCGCUAUUUUUCAGUUAGGAAUCUUCUUCAUCUCCUGUCACUUGGUCAAAGCCAUGAGGUGGAGCUAG